UUAUCACGUCGUUAAGUUAUAGACUAAAUAAUCUUCGAUUUUGGAUAGUAAAUAUCUGCAGAGAGUCACAAAAUUAUGGACCAGAAUUGGGCUGCCGAGCAGAACAUCUUCGAGGUCACCCGAAAGACGGAGAAGAAUCGCCACCAAUCGGACGUCGAGCGCCUGGCGAAGACGCACUGGCUCAGCGACUAUGCCCGGGACAUAUUUUUGACCAUGCGGGAGCAGGAACUACGCCGCCUACCAAUGUUUUUCCUUUCGUCGCAAGUUGACGAUCGCCAGAAACUGCUGCACUUCCUCCAACUGGUGGCCCGCACCCACAAACUGAGUCGCUGUGCACUGCAUUUGGCCGUUUACUACCUGGACCGCUUCCUUGACUACUACAGAGUCCGACCGGACAAACUAUUCAUGGUGUCCAUCACCUGUCUUCAUUUGGCAGCUCAGAUCGAGAACACCGAUGCAUUUAUACCGCGCUUCAGCGAGUUGAACCAAUUGGUCAGGAAUGUCUACACACUAUCCGAAUACAAGGUUGUGGAACGGAAGCUGCUGUGCUUCCUCAACUUCGAGCUAGUGCGUCCCACAACGGCCAGUUUUGUGGAGCUGUUCGCCUGCAGCUUCAUCACUCGCUCCGAAUUUGCGGCCUACAACGAGAUGCUGGAUGAGUGCGAGAGGGAACAUAACAUUCAGGCAUUUCAACGUUACGGAAGCUUCGAACAAAUGCUGGCUAGUUUGGCUCAGCAGCUGCUCCGCAUGGCGGACUACACAUUGAACAUUUACAGCUUUUGCAAUGACUCACCCUCGCUUUUGGCCGCCGCCUGCAUUGCUGCGGUUCGACAGGUCAGUGGGCUUAAGCGCUGGUCGCAGUACCUCAUUGGACUGACCUCCUACACCGAGGCCCAUGUGGAGCCCUACAUGGACGUGCUUACCGACUACUUUUACUAUCAGACCAUUCAGCAUGUCUGCGAGUUUUCCUUCGGCCAGAACAACCCGAUUUUAUCUAGUCCCGAUUCUGGAUUUGAGGAGUCGCUGACUGAAAACACACAGCUUGUGGUCUCUGAUGAAGUGGUCACCGUGGAGGUGGAGACCUACAACAUUAUCACCGUGCAGCUGCAGAGCACAUCUCCGGAGUCUACGAAAUCUCUUUCCGAAAUACAAUCGCAUAUUAAGCGCCCUCGCUUUGAAGAUAAUACAGAUUCCCCCCAUCCACAUAAGCGAACCAGAUUCCAAAACGAACCCAAAAAUUUGUAAUCCUAAAAAAAAGUUGGAACUAUUUCCAUUUGAAAGAAAUAGAAAUAGUUUAAAGGUUCCCAGAAAUCAUUAACGUAG